GACUUCGCCAGAAGGGACAAGAAGAGAGAAGUUUCGAGUUCGGCGGCCCAUGACCGCAUGGCGGAAGGGGAAGAUGCUCAAUGACAAUGAACACGGAGUCCCAAGUGGUCCAAAUCCCAUCUCCAAUAGGCCAUUAAGCAAAAUGAAACAAAAGACAAGAAUCUUGAGAUAUAGAAGAGCUAACGUGGGUGGAUCCACACACUUAGAGCACUUGCAACGGGGGAUGACAUCGAGUCCGUUAGCCAGCAUCUUGACGGACCCGGUCCGUGGGCGACGUGGCGGAGAGAGAUUGGACGGAGGAGCGUUUGUGUUUGGUAAUGGGGAAAAAAAAAUUCAUUUCGACGAAAGCAAAGAAAAAAAAAACCUCUCAACUCUCUAGGGCGAUUUGUCGGAUUCCACCGUCGCGAUUCAACUCCGUGUGAUCCUCAAGGUUAACAAAAAUGGGAAGGUAUAGCUAUAGCCAGCCGUCCUCAUCAUCAGCAUCCGUCGACAUCACCUCACUUCUCGAAGCUGAAGCUCAGAUCUACGCCGAUGAAGCUCAGAGUAGCUUCGGUAAUGGAGAGCCGUUUCAGAACCAACCUCAACCUGAGGGGGAUGAUGGCAUCCCGACGAUCUGCUACUGUGGGAGUGAGCCGGUUGUUGCUACAGCCUACACGAAAAAAGAUCCAGGCCGUAGGUAUUUCACCUGCAACAAUGUCGUUGAUGGAGCCACUCACAUCUGGAAGUGGUUGGAUGACGCGGUCUUGGAGGAGAUGAGGGACUUUCAGACGGAGAUAAGAAGGCUUAAGGAAGCAGUUGCAGAGAGAGAGCAGAAGCUGCUGCUGCUAGAGAAGACUUUGUACGACGCAGGAAAGGAAACCACACGAGUUAAGCUAAUGGUGUGCCUGCUAGUGGUCAUAGGUUUGGUAAUCUUGGUUCUACAUGGAGUAGCUGCGAAGGCUUCAAUGGGGACUAUUCUAUCACAUGUCCAAUGGCGAAAAAAGUAAAGGUAGUUAUUUGAGGUCACGGGAGUUGUCACGGGUGGAUUUAGAGUACUGAGAGCAUUUUGGCAUGUAGCUCCUGCUCAUAAGUCACGGGUUUUCCCUUCUUGUAGUAUAAGUACUCGGAUAUGUAUGUCUUUCUCCUCAACAUCAAAAACCUUAUCAUCAAAACCUUUGUAAUAUUUUGGAACGAAAACCAUUGUAAUAUUUGUCUGCUACUUGCUUCUCUCAAUCCUUUGUAUCCAUCUCAUCAACUUGCUUCUCUGUACCAUAACCAUAAUCAGGAUAAGCAAUGUCGUCAUCUUCAUCUGAUGAAAAUGAUGAAAUCGAGGAGAGAUUGGAUGAUAUUAUCGAAGAUUUCAUUGACGAAAUUUACGACGAUAUAGUGGAGGCCGAACCCAUACCGCAAAGAACCCGUAGCUAUACUGAACGACACCGCGAAGGAGGACAGCACCAGCUAAGCAAUGACUACUUCAACGACGACCAUUCGACAUAUUCGAUACAAACUUUCAGACGCCGAUUCCGCAUGAAUAAGGGAUUAUUCAUGCGUAUUGUCGAUGGCCUUGAACAAUUCUUUCCAUUCUUUCAGCAAAGAAAAGAUGCAACGGGGAGGUGGGGUCUUACUGCACUACAAAAAUGCACGGCAGCAAUUCGUCUACUUGCUUAUGGAAAUUCGGCUGACACGGUUGACGAAUAUCUCCGACUUGGUGAGAGCACUGCACUUUCUUGUUUACAUCAUUUCACUGAUGGGAUAAUACAGUUAUUCGGAGAUGAGUAUCUGCGACCACCCACAGCAGAGGAUCUUCAACGACUACUCGAUAUGGGAGAGAAACGAGGGUUUCCUGGGAUGGUCGGGAGCAUUGACUGUAUGCACUGGGAGUGGAAAAAUUGUCCAACCGCUUGGAAAGGACAGUACGCCCGUGGCCACGGAAAACCGACUAUUGUUCUAGAGGCCGUAGCUUCACAAGAUCUUUGGAUUUGGCACGCAUUUUUUGGUCUUCCAGGUACCUUAAAUGAUCUUAAUGUCCUCGAUCGAUCUCCUGUGUUUGAUGACCUUUUAGAAGGUCGAGCUCCCAGUGUGAGGUACAUGGUCAACAACCACAUGUAUAAGUUGGCAUAUUACCUCACAGAUGGUAUAUAUCCAAAAUGGUCAACAUUUAUCCAAACUAUCGCACUCCCUCAAAGUCCUAAACAACAGUUAUUUGCUCAAGUUCAAGAAUCAGUCCGAAAAGAUGUCGAACGGGCUUUUGGAGUAUUGCAAGCUCGGUUUGCGAUUGUGAAAAACCCGGUUCGUACAAUGGCCAAAGAGAAGAUAGGGAAGAUAAUGAGAGCAUGUAUCAUACUACACAAUAUGAUAGUUGAAGAUGAACGAGAUGGUUAUUCAAUGCGGUACGAUAUUUCAGAAUUUGAAGAAGGAGAAUCUUCCAGAACUUCGGAGGUCCUAAACGCAAACCCUACACUAAACGAAAUCCCGACAAUUCUCAAUAAUAUAUUUCCCAACCGAAAUGAUCUUCGUGAUAGGCAAACUCAUGAACGAUUGAAGAAUGAUUUGAUCGAAAACAUUUGGAAUAAAUUUGGCGAUGAAGAUUAAUAAUUAGUAUCUUUAUAUUUAAACCUUGUAUCUUUUAAUCCUUGUAUCUUUAAAUUGAAUCCUUGUACCUUUUAUUUUAAUUAUGCAAUUAAUAAAUUUUCAAUUUC